AAUUAGAACAUGAAAUACAUCUAGCUUAAUAUAUAUAUAUAUAUAUAUAUAUAUAUAUACUAUAUUGCCAAAAGUAUUGGGACACCCCUCCAAAUCAUUGGAUUCAGAUGUUUCAAUCACCUUCAUGGCAGGUGUAUAAAAUCAAGCACCUAGGCAUGCAAACUGCUUCUACAAACAUUUGUGAAAGAAUGGGUCGCUUUCAGGAGCUUAGUGAAUUCAAGCAUGGUACCAUGAUAGGUUGCCACCUGUGCAAUAAGUCCAUCCCUGAAAUUUCCUUGUUACUAAAUAUUCCACGGUCAACUGUUAGUGGUAUUAUAACAAAGUGGAAGCAACUGGGAACAACAGCAACUCAGCCACGAAGUGGUAGGCCAUGUAAAAUGACAGAGCGGGGUCAG